AAAACGUUACGUAAGCGCAAUAUUUGCGUUCGCCUUUUUUUAGAUGCUAAGAUAACAUGGACCCGUCUCAUACAACUGUGAAAUGUCUCAUAGAGAACCUGCUGCAGAAACAGCCGGCAGACUAUGACGAGGUGAUAGAGAAACUUUUCUCUGAAGUCUAUCGUCUAGAGGAUUCUCCCAAAGUACCAGAUCCACAGUUUGAGGAGUGUGCCAUCCAGCUGUGGAACUGGGCAGUCACUAAGAAUGUGGGCUCCACGCUCAGUAAAAAUCAGAAGGCCAAAGUGCGCCAUGUUGCAUGUAUUCUGCUGUCCUGCUGUGAGCCUGACAAUCCAACAGAGGGCAUCCUCCGCAAGCAGAUCCUGAUGGCCAGCAAAACAGGAAGAACCUGGCUGGACUGCAAAAAUCCCCAAAUGGCAGAUCACUUCUUAAGGCUUGCAGUCAAGAGCCUGGAGACCCUCUACAACAUACUGACGUCCAGAGGUGAUGGAGCAGCUGACAUCACUUCCACCAAAGUGGAUGUGGAGAAGGAUCUGCUUCGAAUCCUCUCGUUCCAGGCGGAAUCGGCCAUAAGUCAAGGGAAUAACCACGAUGCUGUGGUGCAUAUGCAACGCUGUAAAGACAUGCUGCUGAGGCUGCCCAAAGACACUGCGUACCUCUCACUGCUGUGCUACAACUUUGGAAUAGACACUUACAGUAUGAGGAAGUUUGAGGACUGUGUGUUGUGGUUGAGCCAAAGCUACGAUAUUGGGAAAAUGAAUGUGAAAUAUGCACCUGGACCUGAUUUCCAGGCUAAAGUGUUGAGGCUCCUCGCCACCGUUUAUUUUGAGUGGGACUGUCAGAGGUUUCAGGAGAAGGCUCUUAAUGCUGUCAACUUAGCCAACAAGGAAUUACCGAGCGCCUCCGGGCUGUACUUAAAGAUCAGAAUCCUCCUGAGAUGCCAAGCCUCAGACGAUCACGUCAGAGGAGGACUUGGACAGAUGCUGGAGUCUGAGGUUCCUCUUGAGGUGUGUCUGAGCACAGUGAAACUGCUCAUGUCUGAAGACAGAGAAGUGCUGGCGUUUGAGUAUUUGAAACACGUGUGUCAGCGCUUCGAGACGUCCCCUGACCUGGGCAGUGCUCUUGUUCUGAACAUUGAACUACUGCUGCAGAGAGGCAAGGAGCUGCUGGGUAAACAGAAGAUAGAGGAUAUUAUCACAGGCCACUAUACAGGAAAACAGCUAACACCGAAGGCCCUCACAAGUCUGCAUGUCAUACUGUGGGAUAAAGCAGCAAAACAUUUUGAGGCCAAGAACUACUCGGAGGCUCUGCAGUGGUAUAACUUCUCCUUAAGUUUCUUCAAGGCGGGCGAGAUGGAGCCCAACUUGGCCAAACUGCAGAGAAACAGAGCGUCUUGUUUUCUACAGCUCAAGCAAAUGGAGAAGGCCAAAGAGGCGGUUAAAGAAGCAGAGAGGUGUGAUCCUGACAACAUUUUCACUCAAUUCAGUGUUUACAAGAUCGCCGUGUUGGAGAACAAUGUGGAGAAAGCGACAGAGGCAGUGCACGCAAUAGGACGACUGUCCAGGUGUCCCGUGGCCCGUGAGGACAAACUGCUGGUUUCUGAAAAUGCUGCGUCCAGUCUGCUCAGUCUGGCUGCUCAGAUGGCUUUGGAGAAUGAACAGCAGGAAACUGCCAUGAAGGCACUGGAGAGUCUGUGUGAACAUUCCAAAGACGGAGCUCAGGUUCUGACUGCUCUCAGGUGUUUGGUUCGGCUCGUGCUCUCCACGUUAGAGAAGUCGAGUGAUGAGACGCGGAAUGUGGGUCUGGAUACCCUGCUGCCUUAUUUAAAACUGGCUCUGCAAAAACUUUCACAUCAGUCUCCGAUGAGUGUCGAGCAACGCACAGACGAAGCUAACUGGUUCAGGAAGAUCGCCUGGAACUCUGCUCUGCAGUGUGAGGCCUGUCCUGACAGGAUGAGGGAUUUCUUUGUGCUCUCUUACCAGUUCUCCCAGUUGUGCCCUCAAGAUCGAACGCUGCUCAUCGGCCAGAAGACGUGUCUGCUAAUGGCCGCCGCCGCCUCAUUGGAGCUCUGCCGGAAGUCUCCUCACUCAGAGCAGACUGAGGAGCUCACUCAGGCCCUGGAGUACAUUCAGAUCUGUUGGGAGGUUUGGAAAACACUGAAAGCGUCAGGAAGCUUUCCCAUGGACCCGACAGACACACUUUUGCUGCUGUAUGAGUUUGAAGCUCGUGCUAAACUGAACGACCCAAAGGUCGAGACAGUGCUCGAGUCUGUCCUGGAGCUCCAAAAUGUUGAAACCAAGGUGCUGGAGAUCAUUGCUGCCUUAUCCAUGGAGCCUCCAGCGCACUUCCCUGUGCUGUGUAAGAAGGCCUUGAGAGUCGCGCUCUCGCUGCACAAGAAACAACCACAGGCUGACUUGGACCGCUGCAGGCAUGCCCAUCACUCUUCUCCGCGAAGACACCCUUGACAUUUCAUUAACAAUCCAUUCCCACAAAGCAGGAAUUGGGACGAAAGGGGGUCUCUGAUUGUGUGACUGUUUUUGUCUCACCGCUUUAGCAAGUGUGUUCACAGCCUGAUCAAGCUGUCCCUCCCGAGCGGCGUGUCAGAGGUGGAGGCCCACGUGCUCGACGAGGUGUGGGGCUACUACGAGGAGGCCCUGUCCAUCAUCGCAGCCACGAAGUCGGACGACUUCCCAGAGUCGGAGACCCUGUGGCUGCUGACUCGGGCUUGGAACACGGGAAUACUGCUGUACAGCCUGGCUCAGUAUCCCGAGGCUGAGAAGUGGUGUGGCCUGGCCAUGAGCUUCGUCUGCCACCUGGGAUCCAUGAAGGAGAGCUACGAGACACAGAUGUCUGGUCUGUACAGUGAGGUCCUGGACAGGUUGGAUAAAGCCAAGACAAACUUCAUCACAGAGGAAUAAUUGAGUCAGUUCCACUCUGUUUGUUGUUUGUGGUCAAAUGUUCAUCACAUGACAGAGUUUCUGAUUGAGUUGUGUAAGUGCAGGCUGUUCUAGUCGCUUAGUGUUUAUAACACUUCUGCUUUGAUGUUGGAUUCACCCUCCUGUCAAUAAAGGUUUUUUUUUUC